GGAUGAGUCAAGGCUGAUACGUAAUUUGCUUUGUAGGAAAAUAAGAUGCUGUCGUCGUUACUGCUUUCUCAAAUCCUCCUUUUAAGCAGCAGUUUCGCUGAAGCAAAAGGUAAGCUUUGUUGGUCUUCCCUCUGAAAAAAUUAUGGCUCUAGUUUCAGAGAUUUUUAGCAUAUAGGUGAAUAUUAGUAAAUAACUUUAAAAUCAUAAUUAUCUGUUAACAGACACCUCUUAGAGAAAGACACUUAAAGAGACCUAUAGACCUAUAGUUAGCCCUUAAUUGUGUCGCUCUUCAGUCGUUUUCUUUAACUCGGUACGAAAGGGGAUACCUCCAUAACGACAGACGUUUCCAAUAGUGUUGGCCUCAGCGGGGUUCGUUUCAGAAAGAGUUCAUCCAAGUGAUUUAAGACUCACUUGCAAAAUAUUUUUGUAUAAAAAUACAGUAUUUAAUGGAGAAUAAACCUAUCAAGUUAUAUAUAUACACGCGUCUAUUGAUUACAAAAAGCAGGGCAGUGCGGUUCUAAUUACAAUUAGGUGUGAGGAAAAACUAAUAGAGUGUUGUUUUUGAGUCAAUUGUUCCUAAGGUAAAACUUGUAGGUUUAUUCUCCAUUAAAUACUGUCUGAUGAGUGCGUGAGCACGAAACUCGGAGUAACAGAGAAUUUUGUCUCUUCGUUAUAUCUUCUUAUUCAAAGCUCUACACUUAAAAAGUGUAUUGAGCACUGUUUAACGGCUUCAGCCACUUUAUUACACGUAUAUAAAAAUACACAAAAUUUUAGUGAAAUGUUUUAAGGAAUUCAAGAGUAACUCGAAAUUAAAGGACAGGCUGGAGGUCACGCAAUCGCUGGCUGUAAUUUUAGAUUUGACCGAAAAUCAACUGAUAUAGACGAUACUCAAAUGAAAGUGUAAAAGAAAGGAAUAGAAAUGCAGUAAAGAAAAAGAAAAAAGAGAAAUUUUUAUUGUUUUAUUGUUUCAUUAUCUUUAUGCUACACACAAAAUAUACAUAUAAAAUUUUUAAAAAAGAUGAUCUUGAGGCAAGAGAGCCCGCCAAGGAAGCCAAUACGGCUUGGAAUAGGAAAUUAUGUUACCUAAUUGAUGAUUGUAAUACUCACAUCCGCAGUUUAACUCUUAGUAUGCACAAUUUGUUUGGAACAUAGAAAACAAUUGUUAAAUAGGAUAAAGAUAGAAAAGGCUGAACGUGUAAGUGCAAAAACGAGAGAGAAAAGGUGAGAAAAAAAAUAAUGCAAGAAUAAACGAAGAAAAAAAAGCGAAAGAAGCGAAAAACUGCACACAAGCAUUACGAGAGCUAAAGUGUGCUUAUACAAAGAAAAAAUGACUUAAGUUUAGAAUUGAACAAAGCAGUAAUUGGAGAAGAUCAUAGCUAAGAAAAAUAUUGCAUUCGAAUAAACGUCGGCCCUAGUAUCUUUUCUUAAAGUCAGUUAUCUUCUUUUAAGAAGUGCGAUCUAGAAUGAUCAAUGAAAAAUUGUCAUGUGGACCCGAUUUUGUCAUUAAUAAAGACUUUUACCUUUUUGUCGGUUUGAAUAUUGAAGAUCUUUAAACUAGAAAAGAUAUUUGGAAAAAAAGAUAGAAAAAUCAUUCUCCUAAAAUUUACUGGGAUUCAUGACUACUGACUAAUAGAUUAUAAAGAAUUUUUCACUCUUUUUGAAUAUUGGAAGGACCUUAGAUCACGAAAUGAAAGGUGUUUUCUUUUAUGUUAAUCCGUUAAAUGUUAGACAAGAAACGAUUCACUACCGCAAGAGCGGCAUACGCAACUUACAACCUGUCCGGCAAUUUUUAGUACUUUGCUUUUCCGCAGCGAUCGUACGAAGUCAAAAGAUAUCCAGUCAUUUCAGCCUAUUUGAUACUGGUUAUUUAAAAAAUAUAUUUGAAGUUUUUCUUCUUUUAGGACGGGCCUAAUUUUUAUACGUGUAUAAAUUAUAAAUUAUUAUUUCAAAUCUACGUCGUGCGCAAGAAGAUCUAGCAGCAAAGUACGCACUGAGUACGCUUCUGCACUCAUAAUUCCAGCAUAAAAUUGCCUUUUUAAAAUCUGAUCGAUGGCAUCAUCUCAUGGCACCCAACCAGCCAACGGCAGUUUUCUGUCAAAAGCUUUUAGACGGAAUCCAUCAGGACAUUGUGUAGUACUGUUUUAACUUUCAGGAGGCAAAAACUUGUAGCGUUUAACAUUUUAGUCGCCGAACUUCACUGAGACGUGAAUACCGGCGAAUAGUCACCGAGAUGAACUUCGCCGAUAUUCACGUCGCGUGAGGCAGCUAAUUGUCUUGGUAUAAUUAUAUUGAUGAUUAUUCGAGAAAAUAAAAUAAAAAAGAGACACAUUUUUGAAAGAUUUUGGGGCUUUAAGAUGUCGGUCGAGGGCGGCUCUGAUCGACAACAAGCUAGUUUUCUUAUAAUAGCUGCCUUCGGUUUUCCUCAGGGAAACAAAAAUUUUGCCAGACAUUUAUUUAAUUCAUUGACUUCCAUGUUCCCUUAUUUGAGAACUAGCUGUAAUUUCAUGAACUGUCCCGCUCUUAAGCUCAGUCGGUGUUAUCCUUAUUUUUCGCUAUUUUAACUAUACAAUUAGAGUGGGAAAAGCAUUUAAUAUGUGGAUCCCAUAACUCACGGUAUCAAUUUGUUGAGAGCGUUACUAAUAUAAAAUUGUUGUAUGUUAGGAUUUUCAGGUACUUUUAAAAAGUAUACAGUUAUUAUAUUCCGCAAAUGAAAAUUCAGACCAUAACCGUUCAUUUUUAUUGUUCCUUAUGAACGUUCUAUUUCCUGCCGCUGUCAUUGUUAAAGUUCCGGUUUACUGAUUCAGACGCGCAAAUCGUACAUAUCUAAUGAGAGCGAAGGCAAACCACCUCCGCCUCCUUCUUAUUUCUAUCGGUGUUUUUUACCAGACAGGUUAUUUAGUUGGCCCGUGAGUCUUUUUUCUCACUUUUGGCCUUUCUUUGGCCUGUCUGACCUUCUAAAUAACCUACCUCUUUGUUAAAAAAGCAGCAGAAAUGAGGAGGAGGAGGAGGAGGAGGAGAAGGAGGAGUGUGGUGGUAGAAAUUGAGCUAGUUUGCCCUCUCGCUUAUUAGUUAUGCACGAUUUGCGCGUCGGAAAAAGUGAACCGGAACUUUAACAAUGACAGCAACAGCAAAGAGAACAUGCAUAAGGAUGAGGGAAACAAUAAAAAUGAGGGGGAGAAGAAGGAGGGAAACAAUAGAAAUGUGGUGGUGAUGGUGGUGGUGGUGAUACAUAGCUCUACUAUUCGCGACGCUGUGUUGAAAUAAGAGUUCAGUGUGGGGUCGAUGUGGUCGGAAGGGAAGAUAAAAAUAAAAGAAAAAAAGGGAAAUAGAAAAAAAGAAAUAAAUUAAUUGUGCAGGUGCAGGAGGAAGUAGGAUAAGUAAAACAUUGUCUUUGGUUCUAAAAAGAGCUAGUUUUCGCUCAGUGGAACAUGGAUUCCGGCUUCCAAUCGUAAGUGGGUUCCCGGAUUCCCUGGAUCUGUAACCCGGAUUCCAAAGCCCAAGAUUCCGCAUUCCACAAUAAAAAAUUUCCCGGAUUCCGGAAUCGUCCUCACAUGGGGCGACCCGUUAUACUGACCCACGCUCGCAAUGAACAGAUUUUUUUCCUGCAUUAUGUAUCAUGGAGCUUUAAUUGAUAUAUCGAGGUUCCUUUGGAUUCCUCAUAUCGGCGUUGCACACAAUGAUAUUUUACUCAAGACCGUAAGAACGUAAUGUUUCCAUACCGUAAACUGCCGCUUAUAAGUCCCGGGCUUACAAAUCUUCGUAAGGGGUUUUAGGAGAGGGGCUUAUUUCCGAGAGGGGCUCAGUUUGUUUACGGGUUGAUGGCCUUAUAACUGGGGGGGAAGGGGCUUGUAAGGGGGCGGGGAGAGGCUUAUAGGUGUGAAUUCACGUUAUUUUAAUUUCAACUGAUAUUUUUUAUACUUCAAUUUAAAUGUAGUGCCAGAUGUAAACGAAUGCUUGAAUCCCAAUACCUGCAUCGAACCAGCAACAUGUGAGAACACUGUGGGGUCGUACAAAUGUAAUUGCCCAAGCGGUUACAUUCAAAAGCCAGGAACCAAUAACCAAUGUCAAGGUAUUAUGAAUCAUUUGAAGAUUUAUCUUUGAUGAUUAGUUUUACAAUUCAGUCCUGGAGGUUUCUUGCCACUAUUAGAACGUAAUAAUAAUAAUCGUAGACGUCGUCGUUUUUAGCAUUUACCGCAGUGGAAAAUUUGGCCGCAUGAAUGGGACUUUCGAGUGUUAUUCCCGUUUUCCCAUAAUUUGAGAAGUCUUACUUCCACUUUUUUAGACUUUCACAUUGCUUUUACGAAGGUUUCUUGCUACUAUUAGAACGUAAUAAUAAUAAUCGUCGUCGUCGUCGUUUUUAGCAUUUACCGCACUGGAAAAUUUGGCCGCAUGAAUGGGGCUUCUGAGUGUUACCCCCGUUUUCCAUAAUUUGUAAUAAUACGUGUUAAAAUAAAAAUAGAUGAAAAUAAUUUAAUUUGCAAUAACGUGCCCAUCCAUAUCCUCAAUAUCGGUUAGUCAAUCUAUGAUCUAUAAUGGUCCAUUCCAUAUCCCCUGAGUCAUAAUCGUAAUGGCACAAACUCCCGCUAAUGAUCCACUAACAACUUCUUCAUCAUCAUCUUCCUCUUCUUCUUCUUCUUCUUCUUCUUCUUCUUCUUCUUUUUUCAAACGUCGUACUUACCUGUUUUUUCAGUUUGCAGGUUUUGUGAGAAAAGUUUUAUUUUUAAUACAUUAACGUCCGUGAUUUUGCAUAAUUUUGCUCUUCAGAUAUAGACGAAUGUUCAAAAGGUUAUUGUGAUCUCUUGAGGUCUACCUGCGUAAACCUCCAAGGAAGCUAUCGCUGCGAUUGUAAAUCUGGUUAUGAGAAUAUAACCCCCAAGAUUUGCAUAAGUAAGUCGGUACUUCUAUGCUUUAUACAUGAAGGUCCUUUUCACUGAAAGAGGCUCUUUUAAAUUCCGUAUGUCCAGCAUUGUGCAGUCCAAACAUAUAUGGCCAAGGUUAAAAAGGUGUUGCAAGGAAUAUUCUCAAGUCAAGUCAAGUAACUUUUUUUAAACUCGGUAAAAACAUUAGGCAUAUAACUAACAAAAAAUUCUAAGCUAUUCUUAUACAUAUAUAUAUAUAUAACCUAUGAUCUAACCUAUAUAAUAGCAUGGUAAUGAAUAGAAUAUAAACAGAUGUACAAGUAAUAUUAAAUAAUGAAUAAAUAACAAAUAGUAUAUACAUUAAGUUGCCUGCUUUCCAUGGAUGCCGAGUGUACAUUAUUUGAAGAAUUCCUUGUAGCCAGAUUUAAAACUGUGUAUGGAUUCUGCUUGCCGAAGAGUCUAAGUCAAACCGUUCCAUAAGACCGCCCCGCUAUAACGAAAACUAUUUUUAAGGUAAUUGGUGCGGGGGAGAGAACAUCAAAUUUAUUAGAGGAAUCUUUUAAGAAAUAAUUCGAAACACGGUUUACCAAUUUAUCCUGUAAAUAUUCAGGUGCUAAACCGUGAGUACAUUUGUAAACCAUGUUUACUAUGUGGAGUUCACGAAGAGGAGCAAGUUGAGUCCAGUUUAACUGCUAAAAAAGUGGCUUGACUCUUCAGCGUCGUAGUCAGAGUAAUUCAAAAUCCUGGUAGCGCGAUUUUGGAGCUUCUGCAGCUUCGUGGCAUUAGUUGCCCCGCAAUUAUUUCACACUAUGUCACAAUAAUCAAAGUGUGGCUGGAUUAUCGAAUUCUGGACGCCCAAAUUAAGGUUUCCGGAGGAACGAAAGGACGACAGCGCUUUAGGGCACCAAUGCCCAAAGCUACGUUUUUAGAGAUUUUAGUAAUGUGUGUAUUCCAGCAGGAACGAUGCAGGGGAAUUUGUUACCCGAGAGGGAACCAUUUACAAAACAUCUUUGAGUACGGGAGAAAAGAUAGGUUUCAAACCACUUAUAGGGAGGGCCAGAGACACCAUAGGCUUCCAAUUUAGACAAAAGAAUGGAGUGGUCAGCGGUAUCAAAUGCUUUUUCUAGAUCAAGAAAUACCACGGCAUUCACAUUUCCCCUGUCUAUGUUGAAUGCCUAGUUGUCAGUGGCAUGGGGUAAGGCAGUGACCGUGGAAUGAAGAGAUCGAAAUCCAAAUUGAUGACUGGAUAUCAGAUCAUAAAUGAUUCUUUCAAAGAUUUUUGCCACAAUAGGCCUGACAGAUAUUCAAAUCUGAGCGCUCUCCUUGUUUGAACAGUGGAAUCACCUUUGAGCAUUUCCACUCCUCAGGAAAGAUGCCAGAAACAAUAGCGCUGUUAAAAAUGCUACAUAGUGAGGAUGCAAUUUGAUCUGAACUUUCCUUUGUAAGUCUAGCUGGAAGUUUAUCAAACCCUGUGGCCUUUGAUUUACUCAACUUACUUAACAAAGAAAACACUUCUGAAUAAUUGGUUGUUUUCAGCUCAAAGGUAUCAGUUGACUUAGUUAUGUAGUCAAGAAUUUAAAAUUAUUUCGUGAAGGAAUUUGGUUAGCUAAAUCAGUACCGUAUAGUGGAAAAGUGAGAACUGAAAGUGUCAGCCAAAUUACGUGCGUUAGUGAUCGAAGCCCCAUUGAUUUUAAUUUCUUUGAUAAGAGAAUUAACCGUUUUCAGCGAUGUGACUUCAUUCACGACACGCCAAGUAUUACAAAUGUCACCUUCAUUCACACGGAAGUCAUUAUGAUAAUAAGUUACUUUUGCCCUCUUUAUCUGACCAUUGACAUAGUUGCGAUGUUGUUUGAAAUUGGUCCAAUCGGAAGGUUGUAUAGAACGGAUUGCCUUCAUUUUAAGAACGUCUCGUUUGUGCAUUUCCUUUUUUAAAUUUGAGGGAGUUAUCCAGGGAGGUUUAGACGCACGAGCCCGCUUUGUUUUCGACGGGGCGUGUUUAUCUGCACAAAAAAGAAACAUUCUUUUCCACUCCGCUCAAGGACGACCCAAGUACCUAAAUUGAAUUAUUUCGUUCGGGUCCACCUUGCAUAAAACCACAAGCAGCAUCAUUUAGAAUCAGGGGAGAUAAUAGUUUACUCUUGAGCAGUGAUGAGAAGGCACAGCGGACAUAGUGGCUUAUGGUCAUUGAGACACACAGGCCUCACCACCACAACAAAUUGCCAGCCCAAGGUCAGAGUAAACUACUUUUACAGCACAUGCACUCUUUGGGUGCUUCUUUUUCAUUUUUUCAGAUAUAAAUGAAUGCACAAGGGGCAUCGAUUCAUGUGACAAGACGUCAUCAUAUUGCACGGACACAGAUGGAAAUUUCUGGUGUCGUUGUAAGACGGGUUAUAAUCAGGGUGCAAACAACAAGCUCUGUGUAGGUACGUUGUUUUAUAUUAUACACUUAAUGUUAGGUCCUGAGGGAAACAGUUGGCUUUGUUUUCCCGAGAGUCUUGAUGUUUCCCGAGACGAAGUCGAUCAUGGUCAAAAGCUUUUAGACGGAAUCCAUCAGGACAUUGUGUAGUACUGUUUUAACUUUCAGGAGGCAAAAACUUGUAGCAUUUAACAUUUUAGUCGCCGAACUUCACUGGGACGUGAAUACCGGCGAAUAGUCACCGAGACGAACUUCGCCGAUAUUCAUGUUUUGGUAUAAUUACAUUGAUGAUUAUUCGAGAAAAUAAAAUAAAAAAGAGACAUAUUUUUGAAAGAUUUUGGGGCUUUAAGAUGUCGGUCGAGGGCGGCUCUGAUCGACAACAAGCUGGUUUUCUUAUAAUAGCUGCCUUCAGUUUUCCUCACGGAAACGAAAACUUUGCCAGACAUUUAUUUAAUUCAUCGACUUCCAUGUUCCCUUGUUUGAGAACUAGCUGUAAUUUCAUGAACUGUCCCGCUCUUAAGCUCAGUCAGUACUAUCCUUAUCUUUCGCUAUUUUAACGAUACAAUUAGAGUGGGAAAAGCAUUUAAAAUGUGGAUCCCAUAACUCACGGUAUCAAUUUGUUGAGAGCGUUACUAAUAUAAAAUUGCUGUAUGUUCAGGAUUUUCAGCUACUUUUGGCCUUUCUUUGGCCUGUCUGACCUUCUAAAUAACCUACCUCUCUGUUAAAAAAGCAACGGAAAUGAGGAGGAGGAGGAGGAGGAGAAGGAGGAGUGUGGCGGUAGAAAUUGAGCUAGUUUGCCCUCGCGCUCAUUAGUUAUGCACGAUUUGCGCGUCGGAAAACGUGAACCGGAACUUUAACAAUGACAGCAGCAGGAAAGAGAACAUGCAUAAGGAGGAGUGAAACAAUAAAAAUGAGGAGGAGAAGGAGGAGGGAAACAAUAGAAAUGUGGUGGUGAUGGUGGUGGUGGUGAUAUAUAGCUCUACUAUUCACGACGCUGUGUUGAAAUAAGAGUUCAGUGUGGGGUCGAUGUGGUCGGGAGGGAAGAUAAAAAUAAUAAUAAAAAAAAAAGAAAAAGGAAAGGAGAAAUAAAUUAAUUGUGGAGGUGCAGGAGGAAGUAGGAUAAGUAAAACAUUGUCUUUGGUUCUAAAAAGAGCUAGUUUUCGCUCAGUGGAACAUGGAUUCCGGAUUCCAAUCGUAAGUGGGUUCCCGGAUUCCUUAAGCUGAAACCCUGAUUCCAAAGCCCAAGAUUCCGCAUUCCACAAUCAAAAGUUUCCCGGAUUCCGUAAUCCUCCUCACACGGGGCGACCCGUUCAUUGUUACUGACCCACGCUCGCAAUGAACAGAUUUUUUUCCUGCAUUAUAUAUCAUGGAGCUUUAAUUGAUAUAUCGAGGUUCCUUCGGAUUCCUCAUAUCGGCGUUGCACACGAUGAUAUUUUACGUGGAGGUUUCUUGCCACUAUUAGAACGUAAUAAUAAUAAUCGCAGUCGUCGUCGUUUUUAGCAUUUACCGCAGUGGGAAAUUUGGCCGCAUGAAUGGGACUUUUGAGUGUUAUUACGGUUUCCCAUAAUUUGAGAAGUCUUACUUCCACGUGUUUUGGAAUUUUACAUUGCUUUUAGAACCUGUCUCUAAUUGCAUUAACGCUUCAAUCUAAACGUCUAUAGUAUUUGUUAUGAAUGCACAUGGCCACGUUCCAUGUUCUCUCAAACAAUCCCAUAAAUACUUGUGUGCCUUCUCUAUAGUUUUCAGCCUACCACUCUUUUUCAAAGUCGAAUAUUCUCAGAAGUCAGGAGCCCACGACGCUGCAUAACAGAUUAAUUCAUAGAUCUUUUUUGACUAUGUUUAUUGCUGUGUUAUUUCUUUUGGCUUUUAUUGAUUUUAAAGUUUAGGAACGUAUUCUUCAACACGAUCAUAUUUGUCGUUCAAGCUAAGGUGUAUAAUCUGUUUAUUAUUUGCGAAGUGAACGAAUGCCAGAUUUCUCCCAAUUUGUGCACCUCUUUGUCGACCUGCGAAAAUAACUGGGACUCAUACUACUACAAAUGUCCCGGCGGUUAUAAUAAAAAGGCAGGGGCAAAGGACCAGUGUGAAGGUGGCUCAACUGUUUAUAAUUCAUUUUUCUUCUUCGUCUUAAUAACAAUGUGACCAAGGUUUGUUUACAGGGGUAGAUGGCCCUAUAAUAAAUAGGGCGGGGAGGCUGUAGGCGUUAGUGUACAGUAUUUUAAUUUUCAUUGAGAUUUUUUGGACUUCAAUUUAAAUAUAUUGGCAGAUGUAAACGAAUGCUUGAAUCCCAUUGCCUGCAUCGAACCAGCAACAUGUGAGAACACUGUGGGGUCGUACAAAUGUAAUUGCCCAAGCGGUUGGGUUCAAAAACCAGGAACCAAUAACCAAUGUCAAGGUAUUAUGAGUCAUUUGAAGAUUUAUCUUAGAUGAUUAGUUUACAAUUCAGUCCUGGAGGUUUCUUGCCACUAUUAGAUAACAAUUAUUCACCGAAGUGGAGGUGGCUAGUCCUGGAUAUUUACCGAACUGCGAAGCAGUGAGGUAAAUAUCCACGACUAGCCACCGACACUGAGGUUUAGUAUAUUAGUAUAUACUAAAACAGUGAGAUAAUUGAGCACAAAAAUGACGAUUUUUAACUCAAAUACUGUUGCCAACGAUUACAAUUUUGGCGCGUAAUGACCGGGCGGCUGCGGCCGUCGCUUUUUCUUGACGACAAUUAAAACUUUUGAAGGCAUUUGUUUAGCUCUUGCGGGGAAAUUUCUUCAAAAGGAGUUGUGAAUUCUUUUUGCAUUUAAAAUCAUUCUAUAAAAAAACAUUAUUAAAUUUAGUUUUAAGCUUAUUUAUGAACAACUCAACUAAAUAAAGUAAGCAAGACUUAAACUUAAUUUGCAUUUGUAAACAAAAACUUUUUCACCGGUUUUAUCGAUAAAUUCCUGUCAAAAAGAUAAAGCUUUACCUGUUAAAACUUCCAAUCCGAACUUCCUCACCUUCUUCGUGUAUUUCGGAAACAGCUUGCUUGAUUAGUUGUGAAAUUUCUUUGUUUGUUUACGGCAGCAAACCGGGAAGGCAUUUUGCUCGCAACAACUUACGGGAGUUUGGCGUUGCUCGCUCGGAGGAACUGGAGGUGAAUCAAUGAAUAGUGCAGGAUAUUCACUGAUUGAGUAGCCAAUCAAAGCGCGCGAAAAACACUAUCCACUGUUUUAGUAUAUACUAAAACGAAAUAAUCGUAGUCGUCGUCGUUUUUAGCAUUUACCGCACUGGGAAAUUUGGCCGCAUGAAUGGGACUUUUGAGUGUUUCCCCAUAAUUUGAGAAGUCUUGUAGAUUUUCGGUGUCGUUGUAAGACGGGUUAUAAUCAAGAUGCAAACAACAAGCUCUGUGUAGGUACGUUAUUUUAUAUAAUUAUACACUUAAUGUCAGGUCCCGAGGGAAACAAGUAGCUUUGUUUUCCCGGGAGUCUUCAGGACUCGAGGGAAAACAGAACUAACUGGUUUCCCGAGGGACCAGACGUUAAUUGUUUUGUUAUAUUUUUAGACUUUCAUUUCAACAGUAACAAAAGAAUAACCGUGGCGAACCAAAACAGUCGACUCGGUACUUCUAACAACACAAAUCUAAUUCUCCAAAGCACUGAAUGAAUCAUAUAUUACAAAGUACUUUUCUUAUAUUAUCUGCACUCUUCCCUCCACUAGCUGCUGUUUCUGUCCUGGAACAACUUAAAAAAUCGUUUUUUUUUAGCUUGACGCUUCGUGUUUGUGUUGUGUUCAUUCACAAAAAAGACAACUGUCAGUGUUUCCCCCCUUCUUUCCCACCACUUUCUACCACGCUUUGAUCACGCGCUGUAAUGUACCCCGAGCGGGGUAUAUUGCUUGAUGUAUCCCGGUCGGGAUACGUUUGAUUUUAGUCAACGCCACGUGACUAAGAAUCAGCCAAUGGCAGUCCCUGUUUAGUUGAGUGAAAGUCUAGGAAUUUAACAAUCGGCUAUGCUCACACUGAUUAUACCCGAUAACUUUACGUGCCCACACGACAAGCUAUCCUGAAUAGUGUGAAAACCGAUCGGCCGUUAUGUGCUGCUCCACUUAGAGCUAUGUUUACUCUAUGCUGGAAACAGGGCGCAGAGGAGUCAUUUGUGACCUUGUUUGCUGAUUGUAGUUAAAUUUUACAGUUGAUAUCACGUAUCGCCUUUGUUUUUAUACUGUGAAAUCGAACAAACCGUCGUUCGAUCAACUUAUAAAUUAGUAUAGGUAAUGGCAUGAUUUGUAGUGAUAUUUGGCAUAAAUAGCAAGAGUGAUAUUUCGAAAUUGUUAUACGAAAUUUCACAAGCCGUUAGGCGAGUGAAAUUUGAGACAAUUUUAAAAUAUCACAAGUGGUAUUUAUGCCAAAUAUUACGUACAAAUCACGCUAUUAUUUGUUUAUACUACUACCUCAAAAGGUUUGUAAUUUUCACAUGUUGGUAUUUCAAAUAAAGCUGAAAUACCACUGCUCUAAGCCAAUCAAAUUGCAGAAAUUUCUCAUGUAGUAGUAUAAACCUGGUAAUAUAUCCAAUGAUCCGGAACACCGCUGAAGGUAAUGACUGCGGACGAAUAACAGCGACUAACACAUUUUUUUAAGAGACCUUGUCUCUUUUUCUUCUCGGCGUUUCGUGCCUCGCUCGGAAAGCUUCUCUUUCCAAAUACGUUGCCACCGAGCAUUAGGUCAGUAAUAUUUUAUUAGGUGUGUAACCCCAUCGCGAAUGAGCGGUUGAAAAGCAGAUGCUGUUGGGCCCAGGAUUGAGAAAAACUGAUUCAGAAAUAGUAAAUAUGAAAAAAAAAAAAACCUAUGACUAGUGUAGUUAUAAUUAAAUUUCUAUUCGCCAUUAAACCUCCGGUAGCUCAGUGGUUGGAACAUCCGAGCUAGAGCUCUUUCGAGGGACGUGUGUUCGAUUCUCAUCUGAAGCUCGGAUUUUUUUUGAGCAGUUUCUGGUCUUAUAAAAUUAUUCUUCUUCUUCCAAAUAUUAAGGCUCAACAUUAGCAAAACCAAAAGAAGGACGGAAAGUAUUGGGAGCAGACAAAGCAGAGCGAAGUAAAAGGCUAGCUUGGCACGCCGUACUGGCUAGCCUCAAAAAAUGAGAAAAAAUUGUUUUCUAUAUAAAAGUUUAAUUUAAUCUUAUGCACUUCUUCUCCUUUAAAUUUUACAGAAGCUCCUUCUCCGUAAUUUUCGGUGAAGAAGCAGCACUGGAGAACUGAAAGGAGGUUUAGGCCUAGAUGAGGUUGCUUAACACUCG